AAUUGAAGAUUUAGUGAUUUAUAAGCGGAAAUGGAUAAAUAUAUGGAUGAUCCAUAAAUCAACAACAGAGAAAAGGAAAAAGCAAGAACAGUGGUCCGAUCAAUCCAUGUCUUUUGCUUUAUAUCUUUACAGCUUCUUUCCUCAUCCCUGAAAGAAUCAACUUUUUAAAACCUUAUAGCUAAUAUAUAUAGAUCUCUUCUUAUCUUGUUGUGUGAAGAUCAUCUUUAUUAUACUAACAUAUGUUUGCAACAUUAAUGAUGGAAAUAUUAUCUCAAAUGUGGUCUCUCUUAGGGCUUCUAACGGUGAUCCAGAACAUUCUCCCAACUCAAGUCCUUGCAUGGCUGCAUUGCCUCUACGAAGCCCUCCAAGAUUUGGUGAGCCCUCACUCCUACUUGGACAUCCCUGAGUUCAACGGCUACGGCGGCGUCGACAUCAACGACCUCUACCGCCAAGUCACGCUCUACCUCAACUCCAUCAACCCGGCCUCCUCCUCCUGCCGCCGCCUCUCCCUCUCCCGCUCCAAAUCCUCCUCCCGCAUCGCCUACACCGUCGCCCCCAACCACACCGUCCACGACGCCUUCCGCAGCCGCCGCCUCUCCUGGACCCACCACGUCGACACCGUGCACGACUCCCUCGAGGAGCGCCGCACCUUCACGCUCAAGCUCCCCAAGCGCUCCCGCCUCGCCCUCCUCUCCCCCUACCUCGACCACGUGGCGGCGCGUGCCGCCGACUUCGAGCGCGUGCUGCUCGACCGCCGCCUCUUCACCAACAACGGCCGCGCCUCCUACGACUCCGGCUGGUCAUCCGUGCCGUUCCGCCACCCCUCCACCUUCCAAACCCUAGCGCUCGACCCCGAGAUGAAGAAGCACCUGCUCGAGGACUUGACGGCGUUCGCCGACGGCAAGGACUUUUACGCCAAAAUCGGACGCGCGUGGAAAAGAGGGUAUUUACUCUACGGACCUCCCGGCUCCGGCAAAUCCAGCCUCAUCGCCGCCAUGGCGAAUUUCCUCCGUUACGACGUCUACGAUCUCGAGCUCAGCAAAGUCAAGGACAAUUCCGAGCUUAGGGCUCUGCUCAUACAGACUACGAACCGCUCGAUCAUCGUGAUCGAAGACAUCGACUGCUCCAUAGAUUUAACCGGCGAUAGAGCGAUCAAGAGCAGAAGAUCGAAGAAGAGCAGCAACAGCAAUGAGGAGGAAGAGGGGCGGCGCGUGACGCUGUCGGGGCUACUGAACUUCACCGACGGGCUGUGGUCGUGCUGCGGGGAGGAGAGGGUGAUCGUGUUCACGACCAACCACCGCGACGCGGUGGACCCGGCGCUGCUUAGAUGCGGCCGCAUGGACGUGCACGUUAGCCUCGGCACGUGCGGGAUGCAUGCCUUCAGGGCGCUGGCGAGGAACUACCUGGGGCUGGACUCGCACGCGCUGUUCGAUGCGGUCGAGAGCUGCGUCGGAGCCGGUGGGGCCCUCACGCCAGCUCAGAUUGGGGAGAUCCUGCUCAGGAACAGGCGGGACGCUGACGUGGCGGUCAAGGCCGUUGUCGCGGCCAUGCAGGCUAAGAUUUUGGGUGCUGAUGUGGAUGCCGUGGAAGGCCGUGGCGAGUGCGAUGACGUGGCGAGGACCCCGGACAACGUGGCGGACCGGAGGCGGUGCGAGUGGCCGGAGAAGUUUGAUGGGAAGAAAAGGAAGGAGAAUUUCCUUGUUAAACUCAAGUGUUUGACCAAAUCUGAUUCUGGAAGAAGAGGGGUUUGAAAACUCAGUUGCAUCGAGAUAGAAUUCUAGUAGAAAUAACAUGAGCCUCAAUAGUCAAUAACUUGUCAUUGUCUUGGGAGUAAAUUUUUUGAUAAAAGUUUUAUUCGCUCCA